CUCUCUUCAUAACCCGACCCGACCCGAGUUCAUCAUUUCUCUCUCUUUCUCUGUCUCUCAGAACCGCCAUUUCUGUACCUUCAUUGAUUUUUUUCUCUUUAUUCUAAGAUCGUCUUCUUCCAAUUCUCUGUUUUUGUUUGUUCUGAGAUCUCAAUUGCUCGUGCAUGGCAGUAAGUUUGUUGUCACACGAUAUAUCUGAUCUAUGCCUUGGAAAACCUGCGAUUCGAUCGAUUUCAAUCUCCGCUACUGUCGCCGACGCGUUAUCGGUCUUGACAAGGAUUGACGAAGGCUGCAUCAGCGUCUGGAGAUGUGGUGAUCAUUCUUCUGAGGCUGAUUCGGAUUUGCAUUGUCGUUGCGUUGGUAAAGUAUGCAUGGUGGAUAUAAUCUGUUUUCUUUGCAGACAAGAGAAUUUGUUGCAACCGGCCAUUGCGCUUCGAUCUCCGAUCUCUGUUUUGAUUCCUGAGGGACGUGAACUCGUUAGGCAUUUGGAGCCUCAUGCCAGUUUAAUGGAGGCGAUCGAUCUUAUACGCGAUGGAGUACAUAACCUUGUUAUUCCAAUCAAUAUGAGCGCAAGCAAGAGGAGAAACUUCCUUGAGACAGCAACUUCCAAUUCCAUCUCCUCUCUUCAUAACGAUCGACAAUAUUGCUGGUUGGCUCCGGAGGACAUAAUUCGUUAUCUCCUCAAUUCCAUCGGACUUUUCAGCCCUACCGCCGCGAGUCCUAUUAACUCCGUCAAUAUAAUUGAAACAAACAACAUUUUCACCGUCCACUACGACGAUUCUGCGUUGUCUAUUCUGCCCCUAAUUUCGCAAGCGCUGAUUCACCAAUCCUCUGUUGCCAUUGUUGACUUGGACGAUAAAUUAGUCGGCGAAAUUUCGCCCUUCACUCUCAAUUUCUGCGACGAAACCUUGGUGGCGGCAAUAGCAACGCUCACAGCAGGCGAGCUCAUGGCGUACAUAGACUGUGGCGGGCCCCCGGAUGAUUUAGUACAACUAGUGAAGGAAAGAUUGGAAGAGAAAAACUUAGAAGCGGUUCUGGAGUUUGUCGAGGAAGAAUCAUCACCAAUCUCAUCAUCGUCUUCGAUUUGCUCUUUAUCUGAUGAUGAAUUUGGUUGUGGUUCAGGGAGAAGUUGGAAGAUUGGUGGAUAUUCAGCGAGAGUAUUGAGGAGAUCAGAGGCGAUUGUUUGCCAUCCAUGGAACUCUUUGGUUGCAGUAAUGAUUCAAGCUUUAGCUCACCGAGUUAGCUACGUUUGGGUCAUUCAAGAAGACGGAACUCUCGCCGGAACUGUUACCUUCGCUUCUAUGCUGGCCGUUUUCCGGGAUAGAUUGAAAUCUGUCGGAUAAUAUCAACAACUCAUCGGAGCAAAGCAUAUGGAGUUUCUAGAUCUUGAACGAAAACCAUUGAACCAAAUUCCAAAUCAAAUGAAUGGAAAAAUCUGAAACUCAUGGAAAUAUAUUUGGCCUAAACUCAACCGGAAAUAAUUGAAUUCAUUCAUCGGGUUGUUCUUUGGAGAGAACUUACGUGGCUUUUUUUGGGUGAUUUUCAAAACGCAAUAAAUUUAAGAGUAUUUUCUAUAA